UUUCUUGUCGACGUGGGAAGGGAGGGAUUCGGACACAAACAAACGUCCACGGGUUUGAUGUCGGGCUACGUUACAGAUAACCGUGACAUGUCAGGUGGAUUUAAUAGAUAACUCCAUGACAUUUGAAACAUGUGGCUCAAACCCGAAGAGAUUCUGCUGAAAAACGCGUUUAAAUUAUGGGUCACCGAGAAGGAUAACGAGUACUUCGUACUGCAAAGGAGGCGAGGGUACGGAGAAGGUGGAGGCGGUUUGACAGGCCUCCUUGUGGGAACUCUGGAUACUGUGCUGGACUCCACAUCCAAAGUUGCUCCCUACCGCAUUCUUCACCACACGCCAGACUCGCAAGUGUACUGGUCAAUAGCAUGCGGUGUCACCAGAGAGGAGAUUGUUCAGCACUGGGAUUGGCUGCAGCAGAACAUCAUGAGGACGCUCUCUGUUUUUGACUCCAGCGAGGACAUUACCAGCUUUGUACAGGGCAAGAUUAGAGGUCUUAUCGCCGAGGAAGGGAAGUCGUCCCUGGUGCUGGAGGAAGAUCCCGAGAAGUUCCGAGAAGCACAUCUGAGGUUUGAGAAGUGGUUCGAGCUGCCAACGGAGGAAAAGCUGGUCACAUAUUACUCAUGCAGCUACUGGAGAGGCAAAGUGCCCUGCCAGGGCUGGCUCUACCUCAGCACAAACUUCCUGUGCUUCUAUUCAUACCUGCUGGGAUCUGAGGUGAAACUGGUCAUCUCCUGGGAUGAGAUCUGGAGGCUGGAGAAAACCUCUAACGUUAUACUGACUGAGAGCAUCCAUGUCUUGGCUCAUGGGGAGGAUCACUACUUCUCCAUGCUGCUGCACCUUAAUGAAACAUUUGUUAUAAUGGAACAGCUGGCCGACUACUCCAUCAAGCGCCUUUUUGAUAAAGAGGCCUUCCAGAGAGAGCCGGCACUCUCCGACCCCCUGCAAAUUACCAAGAGAGGCCUAGAAGCUCAUGCAAAGAGUGAGCAGUUCCGGACAUUUUUCAGGCUUCCCAAAGAGGAAAAUCUAUUAGAGGUGCAUGAGAGCUUCCUGUGGGUGCCCUUCAGCCAUUUUAACACGCUUGGCAAGAUCUGUCUGUCUGAGAACUACCUGUGUUUUGCCAGCCAGGAUGGGAGCCAGUGCCAUGUCAUCAUUCCAAUGCGAGAGGUUGUUAAUGUUGAGAAGCCAGACUCCGGCAGCAGGGCUUUAACAGUGUGUGUGCGUGGCAAGAGGGCGCUGCGUUUCUCUGAAGUGCGGGACUUCCAGCGACUUGCCAACACCCUCCGUAGCAGGUGUGGGAUCAGUGCCAGCCCUCAGCAUUCUGCUUCAUCAGAGGUCAUACGAGGCGAGUGCCAGUCACUUAUCAACCACUUUGAGGACAACCCAGAGGACGUAACACUGAUGGUGGGACAGAAAGACAGCAGCAAGGCCGUAAGCACCGAGGCUCUCAUGACUGUUUUCCACCCCCAGGAUGUUGAAAACCUUGACCCCAAAAUGCUUAAGGAAAAGAUGAAGGAACAGUCUUGGAACAUCCAUUUCUCCGAAUAUGGACGUGGCACGAGUAUGUUCUUCACAAGGAAGACCCGAGACUUGAUUGUUCGUGGUGUUCCUGAGGCGCUGAGAGGAGAGCUAUGGAUGCUGUUUUCAGGAGCUGUGAACGACAUGGCCACUCAUCCCGGCUAUUACACCGAGCUGGUUGAACAGUCUCUGGGCACAAGCACUUUGGCAACAGAUGAGAUUGAGAGAGACUUGCACCGCUCUCUGCCAGAGCACCCUGCCUUUCAGAGUGACACAGGAAUCUCAGCUCUACGCAGAGUCCUUACUGCCUAUGCAUACAGGAACCCUAAAAUUGGCUACUGCCAGGCCAUGAACAUUCUCACAUCAGUUCUCCUGCUCUAUGCGAAAGAAGAGGAGGCUUUCUGGCUCUUGGUUGCUGUCUGUGAGAGGAUGUUGCCGGAUUACUUUAACCGUCGAAUUAUUGGCGCUUUGGUCGACCAGGCGGUGUUUGAGGAUCUAAUUCGAGAACAUCUCCCCCAGCUGGUGGAGCACAUGACAGACCUGAGUUUCUUCUCCUCUGUGUCCUUGUCCUGGUUUCUUACUCUCUUCAUCAGUGUCCUGCCCAUAGAGAGCGCUGUGAAUGUGGUGGACUGUUUUUUCUACGACGGCAUUAAAGCCAUUCUGCAGCUCGGCCUGGCAGUGCUGGACUACAACAUGGAGGCUCUGAUCAGCUGCCACGAUGAUGCGGAGGCGGUCACCAUCCUCAACAAAUUCUUUGACAGUGUGACAAACAAAGACAGUCCGUUGCCUCCAACGGUGCAGCAAGCUUCAGUUGGCAAUAACGAUAAAGCAUCCCACUUUAAUGUGGAUAUCAGUGAACUGAUCCGAGAGGCCUACGAGAAAUAUGGAAAUAUCCGUUCAGAGGAAGUCGAGAGUUCACGCAAAAGAAACAAACUGCACGUAAUCCAGACACUGGAAGAUACAACCAAACAAAAUGUUAUCCGGGUUGUGUCCCAAGAAGUGAAAUUCAGUGCCUCACAGCUUGAUGAACUUUAUAACUUGUUCAAAAGGCAGCAUUUCCUCUCCUGUUACUGGACAAUGAAGAGUCCAGCUCUUCUCCAUCAUGACCCUAGCCUGGCCUAUUUGGAGCAGUACCAGUUGGGUUUCCAGCAGUUCAGUGUGCUCUUCUCCCUGCUGGAGCCCUGGGCUUUCUGCACCAGCAAGAGCACCCUCUCCCUCUGGAUCUUUCGCCUGAUAGACGAGAACCAGGACGGCCUCGUCAACUUUAAGGAGUUCUGCUGUGCCCUUGAUACUCUGUACAGUGGAUCUUUCACCAAUAAGCUGAAAUUCCUGUUCAAGUUGCACCUGCCACCAGCUUUUACAGGCAGUCCUUUGCACUUAAAGGAACAAAGAAUCCAGCACUUUAUUCCAGUGACUGAAGACUCUUCUCACUUGAGUAGACUCACUGCAUUUGAUCUUCCUGAAGAUGGUGUGAUAAGGAAAAGCCCCGAAAGAGGUAGAGGAAAAGUGGACCUGCAGGCCUACCUGAAACAAUGGCAAAAUGAAAUACUAAAGAAGGAGGAAACCAUCAAGGACCUACCACGUAUUAAUCAGACUCAGUUCAUUCAGUUCUCCAAGACCCUGUACAACAUUUUUCAUGGCAAUCCAGAGGAGGAAUCUCUGUACCGAGCUGUGGCUCAUGUGACCAGCCUUCUCCUGAGGAUGGAAGAGGUGGGACGCAGGCUGCAGGAGCCGAGCAGCCCCACAAAGCCUGCCAACACUACUGCUGCUGCUGCUGCUGCUGCUGCUGCUGCUGAGGAGUCUUCAACCGAAGAGGCUUCCACCACCCCGGAGACCUUCGACACCUCCGGCUCCCACAACAGUCAGGAUGCAGCGCCUGACCUCUCAGAGCUAGAGUGGUCGUUCUCGUUCGAGCAGGUCUUGGCUUCUCUGCUCAACGAGCCAGCCCUAGUCAGCUUCUUUGAAAGGCCUGUCGACGUUCACGCUAAACUGGGACAAGCUAAGGUCGCCCAGCUGAAGCUAAAGGCAAAUAAGUGAAAGGAUACAUAAGUGAAUUGAUACUUUGCUUCUGAUUCAAACCAGAAGUCACCAUGAAUUUCCUUUCUCCACCUUGAUAGGGCAGUGGGUAUUAGUGAGGCAGACAGUAAGAUUACUGUUGUAGUGGAGGGGACAUCAGAUUAAAAAAUCUGGGGUGCAAUGUGUGUGUGUGUGUGUGUGUGUGUGUGUGUGCGUGUGUGCGUGUGUGCGUGUGUGCGUGUGUGCGUGUGUGUGUGUGUGUGUGUGGGUGUGUGUGUGUGUGUGUGUGUGUGUGUGUGUGUGUGUGUGUGUGUGUGUGUGUGCGUGUGUGUGUGUGUGUGUGUGUGUGUGUGUGUGUGUGUGUGGUGGUUGGAUGGUCAGGCAGAUGGUAGGCAGCAACAAUGGCUGAUGAAACAAAUAAGGCACAACAUCUUUAAGAUACUGUACACACUGUAGUAACACUAUCCAACACCUUCAGUGCAUUCUCAUGUUAAACCUUGUGACAGACAUACUGUACGCUGUCCUUCCUCAAGUCUGAUUAUGCAUUUUCAAUCAUCAUUGAUGAAAUAAAUUCUCUUAUGUAGCCUCAGAUUUUAAGUUGAGUUUAAAUGAUAUUCCCCCUAUAUGCCAUGGAGCACAUACAGUAUAGAUGUGUAUUAUAUAAGGGACAUUCAGUGCUUUCCCCUGUGUUCAGAAACAGAAGAGUUUGUCCUUCCCUCUGUCUCUGCUGAGGUAGGACUCCAUAACAAAUGACUUAGACAAGGUGGCAAAUAGUCCACAGGAAUAUUCUCCUUCUGAAUAGCUUGAUAUAUUUCCUCUGUCAGACUACUAGUAGUGAAGCAAACUGUAAAUGCUGUUGUGUCGUGUGACUUCAGUGUCUCCUGUUAUUGGGCAAUGUUAGUGUCACUUUGUAAACUUGUUAGAAACACCAGCUUUUCAGGUGACACAGAAUAAAAUAGUAUAGUACAGUUAGUAAGGACAAGCAGUAAUGCUGUCCCCUGGAAGCCAUAAACAGAUUUCAGAGAUGAUCUGAAUGAGGAUGUCAGAUACAUUAUUUGAGAGCAUAAAAGAAAGAUUCAGUUAUAAUAUUAUACAUUUGCAAUAAUGGAAAUAAAUAAAGAGAGGAUGACACACUGCCACAGCACACUCAUCUGUCUCAUUCCUCCAACAGCAGCACACGCAGUAACAAUAUUAUAGCAUGACUUCAGUGUGUCAUACUGUAAACUAUGGUCUGUAAAGGUAUAAUAGUUUGAAUUCUGCAGUGCUGCUGUAGGGAAAUCUGCGUCCGCUUCUGAAAAUGUGCAAGUUUGAUUGGUUAAUGUACUGUUUGCUUUUGUCCGUCUUACUGUAUACGUAGGAUGUUAUGCUCUAGUAUAAGUGCAGCAUUUUGUACAUAGAGGUCAGUUCAAUAGUCGUUUGAUUAUUGUAUUUAUGAGGCUUGUAUUGAAAAUGUAAGAUAUGAGCUAGUGGACUGUUGUGGACACAACUUAAACCUUUUGAAGGAUAUUUUGUUUUAUCAAAUCUCAGGGUGCAAUUUGUGUAAAAUAAAAGGGAGAAAAGGGAUAUUUUUUCGACCUGGGACAUAUAAAGUAUAUGACUGAUGAGUUAUACAUAGCUUACAAAUGUCUGUAACAUUAAAAUAUAGAGCAUGUGUAGCAUAGUUACAGGAUUUUGCCACAUUAUGCUGGCCUUUAAUGAACAGCAAUUACUCACUACAGAAAGCCAGAUUUGACUUUACAGUAUUUAAGUUGUUUUCUUUUCUAUCUCUGCUUUUUCUGUAUUUGUUUCUGCUUCUGUCUCAGUGAAUCGUUUGCACAGUUGUUUGAGAUUCACAAAUUGUAGAUAUGUCUGUGUCUUGGCCAGGUCUCAAAGGCUUUGAAUUCCAAAAGGUCAUGACUGCUUCAGCUGCAACUUGUCAUCUCCAGGGGCCAAAUUCAUAAAUUUAUAGACCUUUAUUUCUGCUUGUGUUGGGAUAAAAGUGGUUUGGAAGCUCUUUAAGUGCAAGUGCAAUUCUCUGUUUCCUAUAUUUUUAUUAUUCUGCCAUUUGCUAGGAACAUUUUAUUAUUUUCUUAAUUAAUUAAAUUUUUUUUUCACUUAAGAUUUUAGGACCCAUCUGAAAUGUAUUGUGUAAUUACUGGGUUGGCUUGUUGAAGUGAGUUUUACAUACUCAUUGAAAACAAGCAUUUUGCAAACAUCCGUUACUCAUUAGGACUGAAAAGACAAAUCUGUCAUUGUUUACAUGACUAAUGUAAAAAAAACACCCCAUUCAUCUUUGAUAUGUUGUCACUCCUUAAAUCCAAAGCUCGAUGAGUGACUUCAGUUCAGUACCUUUUUAAUGAACCAGUACUGAGUCUCAGCAACCUGGGCUCCAGGAGCUGAUCAUUUAACAACCUUUCUAAACAGUAACCCUAUUUCCAUUAUUUAACGGUCACAUCUGACCAUUGUCCGACUAUUUCAGAUUGUGUUGCAGUAUUUCUGUGUGGGGUUUUUCAUGUCAGUUAGUUGCAUGCUAAAUCUAUUUCAGAUUAUUUGAUAAUAUCUUAGGAAAUCAUAUAAAACAAGUUUACUUUAAAGAAUUUGUAUGUUGGUCUUUAUAGCUCUUGGAAAAUGGCACUUAAGAUGAUUUUUUUUUUUAGCCUAAAAUUGUUUCCUCUUGGUGGGAAAAUACAUUAGAGGAGAUGACUUUGUCGGAACAGAGGAAGGAAAAUCAAAGGGUUGGAAAUCUCUCUGGCGUGCUGUCAGUUUUGCCAUUAAGCAUUAGAGUGCAUACAACAGGCAUGAACAAUGCUCCAGCUGCAUUAGUAUAUGGUUAAACAAGUCUUUAUAUGUGCAAAUGUGGUCUACAGUUUUUAUAGUCUGUAGCAUUUGAUUAAAAGUUUGUUUUGCAAGUUAUGUGGAGCCUAUUUCUGUUUACCUGCUUGAUUCUGAUUUAUUUUUUGUAUCUCCAUAAAGAGGUAUCAGAAUAAAUGAUGAUGAUUCUAUGAAUAAUAA